UGCUGACGGCACGUCACUCACCCACGUUUCGAACACAUAUAAGGAAUUCGUUCAAGGUCUUUUUUCAGUUGUCUAGCACCGGCCGUCCGAGAUCGACAGCAUGUUGGCCAUCAAGUUCACAAUGUUAGUCUCCGUGGCGGGAGUGUUCGUUCUGUGCCUGGCAGUAGCUGAAUCCAAGCAGUACCCCAACGGCUCCGGCGUGGGCAAGACGACGCGCUACUGGGACUGCUGCAAGACGUCGUGCGCGUGGAGCGCCAACACUGGCGCCGUGUCGGCCCCAGCAAGGUCGUGCGCCGCCGACGGCAAGAAGACCAUCGACGCCAACACGCAGAGCGGCUGCAACGGCGGCAACGCGUACGUGUGCAACGACCAGCGGCCCUUCGUCAAGAACGGGCAGGCCUACGCCUUCGCCGCCGCCAACGUCAAUGGCCUACCCAUGACCUCAAUGUGCUGUGCCUGCUACAAACUGACCUUCACUAACACGGCGGUCGCGAACAAGAACCUCAUCGUCCAGGUCAUCAACACCGGUAGCGACUUGGCCUCCAACCAGUUCGACCUGCAGAUCCCCGGGAGUGGCUUUGGAAUCUUCACUGCCGGCUGCCCCAAGCAAUGGCCUACGACCCCAGCAGUGAACUGGGGAGCGCAGAACGGCGGCGUCGACAAGAGGUCCAAGUGCAGUGGCCUGCCUAAGGAUCUGGUCAAGGGUUGCCAAUUCCGCUUCGACUGGUUCAAGAAUGCCGACAACCCUGCCGUCAAAUUCGAGCGUGUCCGAUGCCCCAAGCCUCUCACCAACAAAUCUGGCUGCAAGCGCAACGACGACUAAAUGACCUCUCCAUAAAGUUCAUAACAUGAGAAGAAAAGAAACAGCACUGAGAUUCCAAACGCUAUGAGUAUAGCACGUAUGGUGCAAUGCGCUGUGAUAUCGCACCAUACGUGCAAUGCCACAGCCAUAUUGCACCUUUGGUGCAAUGCUUCCCGAAAAGGCCCUAUGCUAAUGCAUGGGAAAUGGGAGGCAUUGCACUUCAUGUGCAAUGCUUUUGCAUUGCACCAAUUGACGCGAUACUCAUAGCGUUUGGAUUCUCAGUGAGGCUGCUGUUAGAAAAUUUGGACUAGAAUGAAAUAUACAUUUUAAACCAUGGA